AUGAAACGAAUCAAUAUGGCGAGGCUGAAUCCAAAACAACGAGAGGAGGUUGAAUAUGAAGUCGCUUUACAUGAAACCCUAACUAAAUCGGGUGAUAGUCACAUAGUACACUGUUAUGGUGCUUGUGAUGACUUUGCAAAGGAGGAAAAGCAUAUUUACUUAGAAUAUAUAGAUGGCAGUGAUCUCUUCGAACUAGCAAUGAACAAAGGAGGAGUAGGCAAAACAGCUGCAAGGCAUUUCUUUCGACAACUGCUUGAAGGCCUUGCCUUCUUACACGAACUAUCAGUUGCUCAUCGAGACAUUAAACCUGAGAACAUACUUAUUGAUAGAUUAGGUAAGGAUAUCAUUUUUAAGAAGCAAUCCUUAUCACUUAUGAAGCAAAUUCCAGGCGCACUUAAAAUAGCAGAUUUUGGCCUUGCUGACUGCUAUCGUGAAUCACCUGAAGAGCCAGACCGGCGGCUUUCGCGGAUAUGUGGCUCUUAUGAGUAUCUUUCACCACAAGUCCUUCAAAAUGAUUAUAGGUUUGUGAUAGAGUGCAAAUUAAUGAUUAAACAUUGUCUUUGAU